AUGUACACCACCGGCCUGGCCCCGUUCUAUGCCGCCUCUCACUUCAAUCUGUGGUCUGCCUAUUGCUCGGGGGGCUUCCCUCCUCCGGACCCCGCUAAGAAACCUUCCUUCUGCAUCGCUGACAUCCUCCAUGUGGGGGGGGACCCUGACAGCCCCCCGGGAUCCUCCCACAUGGGGGUCCUACACCCGGCUCACUACCAGACAACGGGGGGCUCCCCCCUCAGACCCACCCCGGUCACCCCAGACUCUGGAUUCAGGAUCUCCCCUCUGUCCCCCUACCAACCACCCCACCACCACCACCGUGGGGGCCCCAACCCCAGGGGGCCCCAUGGGAGCACCCAGCCCACCCCCUCCAGCAAGGACCUCAAGUUCGGGAUUGAUCGGAUCUUGUCCACAGAGUUUGACCCCAAAGUGAAGGAAGGCAACACCCUGAGAGAUCUGACCUCAUUGAUCAGCUCAGGCCGCCAGUCAGGAGUCCACACUGCCCCCCACAUGCAGUCUACAGCCAGCCAAUUCUUCGCCUCUCUAGAGCCCCUCAGUGAUACCCCGACUAUCCUGGGGCAACUAAACAGCAACCAGAGGAGCUCAGUGCAGCAGCAGUUCCAGGACACCUUCCCAGGCCCAUAUGCAGUCCUCACCAAGGAUACAAUGCCUCAGACGUACAAGAGGAAGAGGUCAUGGUCCAGGGCUGUCUUCUCCAAUCUCCAAAGGAAGGGGCUAGAGAAAAGAUUUGAAGUGCAAAAAUAUGUCACCAAGCCAGACAGAAAGCAGUUGGCGGCCAUGCUGGGGCUCACCGAUGCCCAGGUCAAAGUAUGGUUCCAGAACAGGCGCAUGAAGUGGAGACACUCCAAAGAGGCACAAGCACAAAAGGACAAAGAGAAAGAAGAGUCAGAAAAGACUGAGGUCCCAUGCUCCGUGGAGGGAGACAUGGACAGAAGCAGCAGCCCAUACAGGACAGACGGGGACAGUGAGAGCAGUGACUCUGAAUUGCUGGACUUGAUGACCAGUGACAGCGAACGGACUGAGGUCACCUCUGAGCCCCAACAAACCAGCGUUAUUAAAUUGUCCCCCGCCACCGACCUCUCCACGCCGCAAGUCCCCCCUUGUUCAGAGCCCCCCAGACCACAGAGCCCCCCUCUGCAAUAA